ACUGUAAAUACUUUAAGAUGUUGAUUGUGUCUGUGUCUUGGCAGGUCAAUGGAUUACCGGUCCCUCCACAUAUCACGUUUACUGUUUUAGCUCCAUUACAGCAGAGGGCAGUAAAACACAUUAUGCUUGAUGCUGCAACCUGAACGUUUUUGUUCGUUUUGACCAUGGUUUUGACAACAUGUGAAACGAAAGCUCGUGUGGCAUAUUUUUUCAUGAAUGUGUGAAGUUAAAGUGGAUAAUUACACGUUGUAUAUCAGUCACUUUUUAAGCAUCUCUCCCGAAAUGCUGCACCACUGCCUACGUUAAUGUCUGUCGGUUUAACUGCGUUUAUGCAUGAAUUAAAACACUGAUAAACCUCGAGGAUGUCUGAAAGCAGCAGUGAAGAUGAAAACUCGGCAAGACUGAAAGAAGCUGUCUGGCACUUUGGACCACAUGAUGCCAAGCUCAAUGGAAAAGAUGCAGAAAACAACGGCAGACAAAGUCGUAGAGUCGAUGUUUCAAAGCAUGAACAUGAUGGGAAUGAGCUCGGGACAACACCAGAGUUUCAAUCCCAUGUGGCAAAAAAGUUAGGAGCUAUAUUGGACGGGUGUAUUUCAGAAGUGUUUUCUGAGACUGUUGACUCAGAACCUGGUCAGUCCCAAAACAGAGAAGAAGACAAUGAAGAAGGUUUCCGUCUGUUCUCCACAUCUGCCUCUGGAAAAUGGGAGGAACAAUCACCUCCUCCACCUCCUAAAAGAAGACCAAUUUCCAGCUCUAGUGACAGUGACAGUGAGAAGGAGAUGAGGCUCAGAGAAGCUGCUGUGUCUGUGUCAGACAUCCUUGGCCCUUUAGCCCAAACCUUCACAGAGACGACAGACAGGAAAAGUAUGGCAAACAUAGAGUCUGUAAAAGAGGACACCGUCACAAAGAAGACCAAGAAAAAGAAGAAAAGAAAAACAUCAGAGGGAAGUGAGGAGAAACAUAUUCAGGUGUCAGAGAAACAGUCUAAUGGAGAUACAACAGGAGCACAAACAACUGUGGUAGAGAAUUUGACAAAGAAAAAAAGAAGAAAAAGAAAAGAAAAAAGGGCAAAAAAGCCGAUGAUGAAUGAAUGACUUUAUUAUUUGAAAUAGUAAUUGUUCCGUUAAUGCUGUUUUAUUAACUUUAAUAGUUGACUGCAAAGUUGUUUCUUUUGAGGAUUUAGCAUUUUCAUGCUAUAAAUACACCAAAAUAUCAAUAAAAUUGUUUAUUUUGCUACAAAA